UCGAGCAUGACAGGAAUAUUUCUGUAGAUGUCAUGGAUGUCGGUUCUUUCUACUAGCGAUCGUGUUAUCGACUUGUUAUUUGUUUUGUAAUUAAUUUCAAUUUGAAUUUUGACUGUCUAAUUAUCUUCCAAAACACAAAUAAAUUUUCAAUCAGUCUGGAUUGAAUUUUUUCAACAAAAUGUUAUUGCAAAUUUCGGCACUCCUUGUCGCCUGUGUGCUGGGUCUUAUUUGCCAUCUUUACAAAGUGAAUUUUUCCUUUUGGAAAAAAUACAGAAAUGUUCCAAGUGUUCGUGGUCAGAUUUUUUGUUCCAAUCUUAAGGACAUUAUAUUGUUUAGGACAAAUUUUGGAUUCGCUCUGAGGGAAGUUUAUGAGGAUCCCAAAUUCGCCAACUCAUCUGUCGUGGGUGUUUAUGGUCUCUACAAACCGAGUUUGCUGAUACGCGACCCGGAACUCAUCAAGUCUAUAUUGAUCAAGGAUUUUGAUAGAUUUUGUAAUCGCUACUCAAAACCGGAUGUCCACACCGAUCCCAUUGCUGCGAAGAGUAUAUUUUUUGGUGACUACAAAUUGUGGAAGGAAAUGCGUUCGAAAUUUUCCCCCAUGUUUUCGAGUGGAAAAUUGAAAUCCAUGUUCCCUCUCCUGAUGAGUGUGGGUGCAAAUAUGAGCGAUCACAUGGCGAGGCAGGGACAGGUGUUUUGCAUGGAAGUAAAGGAUGUGUGUGCCCGCUUUACCACCGAUGUCAUUGCCACCACAAUAUUUGGAUUCUCUUCCGAUUCUCUGAAGAAUCCCGAGGAGAAAAUGCACAUUGAAAUACGGAAAUUGGGUUUAUUUGAUCUGCAAAGAGCCCUACAAGUGGUCAUUAUAUUUUUUGCCCCCAAAUUGGUACGACUUUUUGGGGCUAAACUGUUUGAAAAAAAUUGCCAAGAAUAUUUGGUAGCCUCUCUACAGCAGAUUAUCCAGGAAAGAGAGGUAGGCGGUCGGAUACGCAAUGAUUUAAUCGAUAUUAUCAUAAAACUUAAGCAGGAAGCUUCUUUUGAAGGCCCCAAGGACCUCGCUUCCUUUAUGGAAACCAUGUACUCCCAGGCCAUUGUAUUUUUGGCAGCUGGUUAUGAGACCUCGGCCACCACAAUGUCCUUUGCCCUCUUUGAGCUGGCCAAGCAGCCGGAAGUGCAAGAAAAACUACGAAAGGAAAUCCUGGGGGCCUUCAAAGACACCAGCGGAGAACUAUCUUAUGAAUCGUUCAAUUCCAUGGAAUAUUUGGAAAUGAUCGUCAAUGAAACCCUGAGAAUGUAUCCUCCGGUGCCCAUACUUGAACGAAAACAUGGCAAGGCGGAGGAGGGUAUUUCCCAGCCAUACUCUUUGAUGCCAUAUUGUGAUUAUGCCCUUCCCGAGGGUAUGCCCAUUUACAUACCGAUAUUUGGACUACACUACGAUGAAAAGUAUUGGCCCAAUCCUUGGCAAUUUCGACCUGAACGAUUUUCGUCGGACAACAAAAAUUCAAUUAACCCAAUGACAUAUUUACCCUUCGGCAAUGGUCCACACAACUGUGUGGGCAAUCGUUUGGGUCUAAUGCAAACCAAAUGUGGUCUGAUGCAUAUCCUUAAGAAUCACAAGGUGAGAAUGGGCGAUCGUACAAUGAAGCAACUUGACUUUGAUCCAAAGGCAUUUGUUCUUCAACUGAAGGGUGGCAUGAAUUUGGAAUUUGUUCGAGACGAUAUGUGCGACAAUGAAUUAUUGGAAUAAAGUUGAAUUUAAGAAUAUUUUCAAAGACUAAGAAACGGGAAUAUUUUUUU